AUGUAUGCACUGUACUUUGUCUGCCUUGGACUGCUGUAUGUGGUGUAUGAACGUCUCGUUCUCUCGUCUUUGAGUAAAGUGCCGGGACCUGCGAUUGCCGCCACCACCCGUCUCGUCUUGAUGUAUUAUGAAUUCACUCGGCGCCGACGACGCUGGAUCCACGCCCUACACAAGAAGUAUGGUCCUAUUGUGCGCAUAGCGCCAGACGAAAUAUCCUUUGCAACCUGGGACGCGGCGAAAGAGAUCUAUGUCUCGGAAGGCAGCGGCUACGAUAAAACGCUGUUCUAUAAGUUAUUCGACAAUUACGAGACAGAAUGCAUGUUUUCGACCUUAGAUAGAGCUCCUCAUGGUGAACGCAGAAAGCGCAUUGCAGACAGAUACAGCAAGACGUUCAUUAUGCAACCUGAUGUUAUUAGCGGUGUACAAGAGAGAGCUGAACAAUUUGUAGCCAAAUGUACAGAAAAACCGGGAUCAGAAGCAGUCGACGUCUAUAUCUAUCUUCACUGUUACGCUAUCGACUGCAUCACGUACCACUUAUUUGAUCCUCAUGGGUUGAACUCUCUGGCAGAUGCGUCUGACCUCAUGAAGGUCAAAGAGUUGUCACACCAUGACAACCUCAAAGAUUCAUACAUGCAAUAUUACUUCACCGAACUCUUCCGCUACACCGCCAGCUUUUCCCGGCGGGUAGAUCGUUCGAAGCGCAUUGCCGCACAGAUCAUCAACAUCGCCCGGCGUAGUGAUAUCGCAGAGCAUACGGUCUUAUACAGGCUGCAGACGCACGAAGACAAGCUCGACACGCGUUCAAUCGCAUCGGAGCUCCUGGACCAUACCCUUGCAGGCCUGGACACCACCGGAGACGGGCUGUGCUUCCUGAUGCACCAACUCUCGUUACCCGCUUCUGCGGCAAUCCAGGAGAAGCUGCGCCUCGAGCUGACAGAAAACACGAGCAUGCCGAUUGACGACCUGCCAUACCUCGACGCAGUGGUGAAGGAGGGCUUGCGGUGCUUCUCGCCCAUCCCAAUGAGUCUGCCGCGCAAGGUACCGCGCGGUGGGCGGACGAUUGGUGAUAUCUUCCUCCCGGAGGAGACGAUCGUGAGCUGUCAGGCAUACACAUUGCACAGAAUUGACGAGAAGGUCUUCCCCAACCCUGACAACUUCGUCCCCGAGCGGUGGUUGGAGUCUGAGGGCAACAUCGAGCGCAAUCAGCUCCUGCUCGCGUUCUCGACAGGCGGCCGUGGCUGUAUAGGGAAGCACCUAGCCCUUCUUGAGAUGAAAAUGUUGCUGAGGGAAACAUACUCCUCUUACCGAACGUCGGUGGCAUCGGAGAUGGCAGCAUCGAUGGACGUGGAUGACCAAGUGAUCGCCUCGCGACCAAUUGGACGAACGUGCUUGCUCAAGUUCGAGAAGAUCAUGUAGAGAUACAAGCUCCACCUACUUAUGUGUGUACUAUACACCAUAUCUAGGCAUCACAUCUUCCUACUGGACAACGCCAACAACAAGGCUUCUACCCCUCACGGCUAUUCACACGCUUCAUUCCGACCGCGAAACCUUUUCCCACACCGCUGAGAGGCUUAAUGGAGCAUCGGGUAUUUCUUCGGGCGGUGAUAAAUUACUUUCUGUCUCCUUUGGUUGUCAUUUGACCGGCGCGCGGGUAAGAUUAUGCGUACCCUUCGCUAUACACAUGCUCUUAGAAGCAACCCCU